CAAAACAUAAUAGAAGUGUAGAACAAACAUUGGCAUUCUGAACAAUUUUUUUUUUCCAGAGGAAAGGAAAGGAAAAGGGAAUUGCAAAGGGGGCUAUUUUUCUUUCCUUUUCAUUCAUCAUCUCCAUAUAUUGAGGAAGAAAAAAGAAAAGAAAAGAAAAAUAGGGAUAUUGAUUUCAUAAUAUAUAUACCCCUUAUUAUUAUAUACUCCAAUUACAUUUUUCUUUCCCAUUUUCAUUUCUAAACCCUUUCCCUUCAAUUCUUCUCUUUAUUUUCCAUCUCAUUUUCCUGAAUUUGCAUUACACAUUGUGGUGAAGCUAGAAAAGAAUGAGAGACCAAAGGCCACGCCUUUAAAGGCAAUUUUUGGGUGCACAUUUGCAUGCAUAAUGAGCCGCAUUGUGGGUAAUUGUAGGAGAAAAAUAUCAUUGGCUUUUAUGAGGUUGUGGAUUUGAAGGGAAAAAUUGGAGUCUUGAUUGAUCUCCAUUGUGUUUGUUGAGAAAUGAGUGUUUCCGCCAGUGUUGUGGUUGGAUCUCAUGUAUGGGUUGAGGAUCCUGAGGUAGCUUGGAUAGAUGGGGUAGUUGCUGAAGUCAAUGGUGAAGAGAUCACAGUUAACUGCACGUCAGGGAAGACAGUUGCAACCAAUCUAUCCCAUGUGUACGCAAAAGAUACUGAUGCGCCUUCUUGUGGCGUGGAUGAUAUGACAAAACUUUCUUAUCUGCAUGAACCAGGAGUUUUGCAGAAUUUGAGAAGUCGAUAUGACAUGAAUGAAAUUUAUACUUACACUGGGAGCAUAUUGAUUGCCGUGAACCCCUUCAAGCGGUUACCCCAUUUAUAUGAUAAAAGUGUGAUGGAACAGUACAAAGGCAUUGCACUUGGGGAGCUGCCCCCUCAUCCUUUUGCUAUUGCUGAUGCUGCUUACAGGCUGAUGAUUAAUGAGGGGAUAAGCCAGUCAAUUUUGGUGAGUGGAGAGAGUGGAGCGGGCAAGACAGAAAGCACAAAAAUGCUUAUGCAAUAUCUUGCAUAUAUGGGAGGACGAGCGGCAGCUGAGGGAAGGAGCGUGGAGCAGCAAGUCCUUGAGUCAAAUCCGGUUUUAGAAGCCUUCGGUAAUGCUAAGACAGUCAGAAACAACAAUUCAAGUCGUUUUGGUAAAUUUGUGGAGCUCCAGUUUGAUAAAAGAGGGAGGAUAUCCGGUGCUGCUAUCAGAACAUAUCUGCUGGAACGAUCACGUGUUUGUCAAGUUUCUGAUCCUGAGAGAAAUUAUCACUGCUUCUAUUUGCUUUGUGCUGCACCACCUCAGGAUGUUGAAAAAUACAAAGUAGGGAAUCCUAGGACAUUUCAUUAUCUGAACCAAUCAAAUUUUUUUGAACUAGCUGGAGUAGAUGAGUCAGAGGAAUACCUGGCAACGAGGCGGGCUAUGGAUAUUGUUGGGAUCAGUCAUGAUGAGCAGGAUGCUAUUUUUAGAGUAGUUGCUGCGAUUCUUCACUUGGGAAACGUUGAAUUUGCAAAGGGAACAGAAACUGACGCUUCGGAACCUAAGGAUGAUAAGUCUCGGUUCCAUCUUAAGAUUGCAGCCGAACUAUUCAUGUGUGAUGAGAAGUCUCUUGAGGACUCCAUGUGCAAACGUGUCAUGGUAACUCGUGAUGAGACCAUUACAAAGUCCCUCGAUCCACAGGCUGCAGCUGUCAGUAGAGAUGCUUUAGCCAAGAUAGUUUACUCAAGAUUGUUUGAUUGGAUAGUGAACAAGAUCAAUAACUCCAUUGGCCAAGAUCCUGAUUCAACUUUCUCAAUUGGUGUUCUAGAUAUCUAUGGAUUUGAGAGUUUCAAGACAAACAGUUUUGAGCAAUUUUGCAUUAAUUUGACCAACGAAAAGCUGCAGCAACAUUUCAACCAGCAUGUUUUCAAGAUGGAGCAAGAAGAGUAUACCAAAGAGGAAAUUGACUGGAGUUACAUAGAGUUCAUUGAUAACCAAGAUAUUCUUGAUCUUAUAGAAAAGAAACCUGGCGGGAUCAUUGCUCUUCUUGAUGAGGCUUGUAUGUUCCCAAGAUCAACAUAUGAAACCUUCGCAGAAAAGCUAUAUCAGACUUUUAAAGAUCAUAAGCGGUUCAGCAAGCCAAAGUUGUCCCGGACUGAUUUUACUAUUUGCCACUAUGCUGGUGAUGUCACAUACCAAACUGAGUUCUUUUUGGAUAAGAACAAGGAUUAUGUAGUUCCAGAGCACCAAGCAACACUUACUGCUUCAAGGUGCCACUUUGUCUCUGGCUUGUUUCCACCUUUACCUGAAGAAUCUUCUAAACAGACCAAGUUCUCCUCUAUUGGCGCUCGAUUUAAACAACAAUUGCAAUCAUUGCUUGAGACACUUAAUGCCACAGAGCCUCAUUAUGUUCGUUGUGUGAAGCCAAAUAAUCUUUUGAAGCCAGAAAUUUUUGAGAAUCAAAAUGUACUACAGCAGCUUCGUUGUGGGGGAGUUUUGGAGGCUAUUCGGAUCAGUUGUGCUGGCUAUCCUACUCGGAAACCGUUUGAUGAAUUCUUAAGCCGGUUUAAGGUCCUUGCUCCUGAGGUUUUAAAUGGAAGUAUUGACGAGGUCGCCGCUUGCGGGAGACUUUUAGAGAAGGCUGGACUCAAAGGUUAUCAGGUUGGUAAAACAAAAGUGUUUCUUAGAGCCGGCCAAAUGGCAGAAUUAGACACCCGCCGAAAUGAGGUCCUUGGCAGAUCUGCUAGCAUCAUCCAGGCAAAAGUUCGCACAUAUUUCGCUCGCAAAACUUUUUUGUUGUUACGGGUUUCAGCAAUCCAAGUCCAAGCUGUUUGUAGGGGCCAACUUGCACGGGCUAUCUACGAGUGCAUGAGGAGAGAAGCUGCCUCUCUGAGGAUCCAAAAAGAUGCACGCAAGUACCUUGCACGGAAAUCUUAUAGAUUGCUGUGCUUUUCAGCUGUUUCAAUUCAAGCAGGAUUGCGUGGCAUGGCUGCUCGAAAUGAGCUUCAAUUCAGAAAGCGAACAAAUGCAGCUAUCUUUAUCCAGAGUGAUUGGCGGAGAUACUUGAAACGCCUACAUUAUAGGAGGAUGAAGAAAGCAGCAAUUGUGUUACAAUGUGCCUGGAGAGCUAAAAUGGCCCGCAGAGAACUACGAAAGCUAAAGAUGGCAGCGAAAGAAACUGGAGCUCUCCAAGAAGCCAAAAGCAAGCUGGAAAAGGAAGUUGAAGAGCUGACACAGAGACUACAGGUGGAGAAGCGCAUGAGGGACAAUUUGGAGGAAGCUAAAACCCAGGAAACAAUGAAAUUACAGUCUGCAUUGGAAGAGACGAGGCUUCAGCUUAAAGAAACUAAAGAGCUGCUCGUGAAGGAACGUGGGGCUACCACAAAGGACAAUCUGGAGGAAACUAAAGCCCAGGAAACAAUGAAAUUACAGUCUGCAUUGGAAGAGACAAGGCUUCAGCUUCAAGAAGCAAAAGAACAGCUCGUGAAGGAACGUGGGGCUACCACAAAGGUUGCGGAACAAGGAUCUGUUAUACAAGAGGUCCGAGUUAUAGAUCAGGGGCUGGUCGACAAGCUUAAUGCUGAAAAUGAGCAGCUUAAGGUUAUUGUUAACUCAUUGGAAAAGAAAAUUGAUGAUAGAGAGAAAAAAUAUGAGGAGACAGUCAAAAUAAGCGAGGAGCGAUUGAAGCAAGUUCUGGAGGCUGAGUCUAAGAUAACUCGGUUGAAGGAAGUCAUGCAAAGUUCUAAAGAGCUGCUACUGAAGGAUCCUGAGGCUUCCACAAAGUUGUUGGAAGAAGUAGAGUUUCAGGUUGUAGAUCAGGAGGUGACGGGAAAGCUUACUGCUGAAAAUGAGCAGCUCAAGGUUCUUGUAAACUCAUUGGAAAAGAAAAUUGAUGAAACAGAGAAAAAGUAUGAGGAAACAAGCAAAUUAAGUGAGGAGCGAUUGAAGCAAGCUCUGGAUGCAGAGGCUAAGAUAAUUGAGUUGAAGAUUAGCAUGCAAAGGCUUGAAGAGAAACUUUCCGAUAUAGAAGACCAGCAGAUUCUUCGACAGCAAGCAUUACAUUUACCUUCUGGGAAAACUUCAAACCGAUUCGCAAUAAAUACUCAGCCUUCUGAAAAUGGUCAUCAUGAACCACAGGCUGCAACACCAGCAAGAAGGUUUGGUACAGAUUCUAUGAGGAGAUCCAACGCUGGCGCACAAGGAAAAUGGUUUGGUACAGAGUCUAUGAGGAGAUCCAUGGCCGAAAAGCAGCGGGAGAGUGUGGAUAAUCUUAUCAAAUGUGUCAGUCAAGAUCUAGGGUUCAGUGAAGGGAAACCAGUGGCGGCAUUUACCAUAUACAAAUGCCUACUUCAUUGGAAUUCCUUCGAAGCAGAAAAAACUAAUGUAUUUGAUCGUCUUAUUCAGAUGAUUGGUUCUGCGAUAGAGGACGAGACAAACAAUAAUCAAAUGGCUUAUUGGCUGUCCAACGGUGCAACAUUGUUGUUUUUGCUUCAGCACACACUGAAAACUACUAGUUCAGCUCCAAGUAAACCGCCCCAACCAACAUCGUUUUUUGGUAGAAUGGCGCAGAGUUUCCGUUCUUCAUCAGCCAACAUUGCAAUUGGUGGUCUCGACACUGUACGCCAGGUUGAGGCAAAGCAGCCAGCUUUGCUUUUCAAGCUACAGCUCAGUGCUUAUGUUGAAAAGAUUUAUGGAAUUAUUCGGGAUAACUGGAAAAGGGACUUGUCUUCAUUACUGACUUCAUGUAUCCAGGCAUCUCAAAUAUCAAAAGGUGUCUCCUCGCAAUCACCACGGAAGUCCCUCGAUGGUCGUUCUCCACCAGGUCCCUGGGACGGCUUAAUUGAGAGGCUAAAUGGGCUUCUCGGUACACUGAAAGAAAAUUAUGUUCAUCCAGUUUUUGUCCAGAAAAUUCUAAACCAGAUUUUUUCGUACAUAAAUGUUCAGCUUUUCAAUAGCCUUCUCCUUAAUAAAAAGUGCUGUUCAUUCAGCAACGGGGAGUAUGUAAAAGCUGGAUUGCAAGAACUAGAACUUUGGUGUGGCAAUGUUAAAGAAGAGUAUGUUGGUUCUUCUUGGGAUGAACUAAAGCAUGUGAGGCAGGCAGUAGGAUUUUUGGUUAUUAAUCAGAAGUCGAGACUUUCAUCUGAAGAUCUAACAACUGAUCUCUGCCCCAUUCUGAGUAGUCAACAGUUGUAUCGAAUAUGCACGCUUUACUGGGAUGAGGAUUUCAAUACUCAAGGUGUAUCCCCAGAUGUCAUUUCCAGCUUUAAGGAUCAAGCAAAAGAAGACGGGAAUGACGCAGACAAAGCAAAGGAGGCAGAUAAUAACUUUAUAUUGGAUGAUAAUUCCAGCAUCCCCAUCUCUGUUGAGGAGAUUAACAGUUCCCUCAAGGACGUUGAUUUUACCGGUGUAAAACCUGCGAAAGAACUGCUUGAACAUCCAGCCUUCCAAUUUUUAUGCGAAUAAGGCAAACGUUUCUCUAGCACAAAUUGCAUGUUUGUUGGAAGGACGUCAUCCAAGUUAGCACGUCAUGAAUAUCACUAUUGUGCAUCCACCAACCGAUUCUUUUGUCCCUCCGGUAGUUGUCUCUUCAUAUUAUAAAAUCCAAAGCCCCUUGUAAAGUUGCUCUAAGGUAGUCUCUUGUAAAAUUGUAGGUCUAGUUUAGAUAGGAGAAGGGGCAAGGAUGAAGUUUUCCAACCUAGAGCUUGUUCCACUUAGUCUUUGUUCUUCUUAUUGUCUCAUUUUUGUCCACUUUUAUAGUUGCCAUUAGUUAGAUUCUUUGUAACAAGGACUAAUUGGAGUACUAUAUUGUAAGAGCAAAUGGCCAAUUUAGUGCCCCCCCUGAGCAUAAAGGUGUCCCUUUGUCUAAAGGAUUUAUAAAUUUGAUUCAUGUAUAGCCUUCUUCAGCACAUUGAAAUGGAAUCCUAUCCCCAA